AUGCAUCUGAAGAAGAAGGUAGUGGUCAGCUGUGCUGAGAAACGUCAGGCCAAUGAAGUGACCACUGGAUUUCACAAAUUCAAGGUCAUUGAUGACCUUGAGCAGAGACAAUCCUAUGGAGUGCAGCGAGAUGAAACCUCUUUUCCUCAACAGAAGGAGAAAUUAAAACAGACCUCAGCAAAAGCUCAGGAUAUAAGGCGGCAUGCGAGUCUGAACUUUGGCUUCAGAGGCAGACGGAUGCAAAUUCGUGGCACGGAGCCCAGAGACCGCUGGGCCUUCUCCGCUGGCAUGAUUUGGCAGGCCACCCUGGCAAGCAGCCCACCUUACCCCGUUAAAAAAAAAAAAAAAACCUCUAUUGUUUCUGAGGAAGGCUAUUUGAUCGUCCAAAUAAAAUGCUAUUCGCCGUGCCCCCGGAACAGAAACAGCUCAGGGAGCCAGCCCCUCCUGCUAGGAAUCUGCGGGCCCGACACCAGCCAGGAGGGGCCCGAGCUGGGUGACUCAGCAGAAAACGGCCUGCUGCUUGCUUACAGCCCGCCUACCCCGCAGGCCCGGAGAGGAAGGCCUCUGUAA